AUGCAAAUCCUUUCGCAUUUCUCCUCUAAGGCCUCACUCUCUUUGCUUCCCCUUCCUCGCCUCUCUCUCUCCACCGCCCUCUACUUCCGCCGUCGCCCCUCAAAAUUCCAAUUUUGCUCCUCCAAGCACUUUCAAUUUCCCAGGUUGCCCCUCCUCGUAUGCAACCUCAGCUCCGGCACCAGCCAGCAAGUUCCCAUGGACUCACCCCCACCGGAGGCUACCUUGUCGGUCGACUCCCUAACGCACGAUUUGCAGAAUCAGAGCUUGACCUCCGACGGCCACGAUCAAAUGAAUAAUAAAAGUGAAAAUAAUGGUGUAAAUUACACUCACGCGGUUAGGUUGAAGCUUGAAGAUCUGAAUUGGGACAACUCGUUUGUAAGAGAGUUGCCUGGUGAUCCCCGGACUGAUACGAUUCCACGAGAGGUGUUGCAUGCUUGUUAUACGAAAGUAUCCCCGUCAGCUGAAGUUGAGAAUCCUCAGCUCGUUGCCUGGUCAGAAUCAGUUUCCAAGUUGCUUGAAUUGGAUCCUGAAGAAUUUGGAAGGCCAGAUUUCCCUCUUUUAUUCUCUGGGGCAUCUCCUCUAGUGGGAUCGUUGCCCUACGCUCAAUGCUAUGGUGGACAUCAAUUCGGAAUGUGGGCUGGACAGUUGGGAGAUGGUCGGGCUAUUACUCUUGGGGAGGUUCUUAAUUCUAAAUCUGAAAGGUGGGAACUGCAGCUUAAAGGUGCUGGGAAGACUCCUUACAGUCGGUUUGCAGAUGGCCUUGCUGUGCUUCGUAGUAGCAUUCGGGAAUUCCUUUGCAGUGAAGCGAUGCAUAAUCUUGGAAUUCCAACAACUCGAGCUCUCUGUCUUGUGACAACAGGAAAACAUGUCACACGCGACAUGUUCUAUGAUGGCAAUCCGAAAGAGGAACCUGGUGCAAUUGUUUGCAGGGUUUCUCCGUCCUUUCUGCGUUUUGGAUCAUACCAAAUACAUGCCUCCAGAGAAAAAGAGGACCUCGCAAUUGUUCGAAACGAAGAACAUUCAGUUGUUGAUCUGACAUCUAACAAGUAUGCAGCUUGGGCAGUAGAGGUUGCUGAGCGCACUGCUUCCUUGGUUGCCAAAUGGCAGGGGGUUGGUUUUACUCAUGGUGUGUUGAACACUGACAAUAUGAGCAUUUUGGGUCUUACCAUUGAUUACGGUCCUUUUGGUUUUCUGGAUGCAUUUGAUCCAAGUUACACUCCGAAUACCACGGAUCUUCCUGGGAGGAGGUAUUGUUUUGCAAAUCAGCCUGAUAUUGGCUUAUGGAAUAUUGCACAAUUCACUAGAACUCUGUCAGCUGCCCAGUUGAUAGAUGAUAAGGAAGCAAAUUAUGCAAUGGAAAGAUAUGGAACCAGAUUCAUGGAUGACUAUCAAGCCAUAAUGACCAAGAAACUUGGUCUUCCCAAGUACAUCAAACAGCUGAUCGGUAAACUUUUAAAUAAUAUGGCUGUCGACAAAGUGGAUUACACCAAUUUUUUUCGGUUGCUAUCCAUAUCAAAGCUGAUCCCAGCAUUCAGAAGAGGAGUUGUUGAACCCACUAAAGCCGUUCUAUUAGAUAUUGGGCAGGAGCGGAAGGAGGCAUGGAUAAGCUGGGUGAAAAUCUACAUAGAGGAGCUGGCCGCUAGCGGCAUCUCAGAUGAGGAAAGGAAGGCAUCAAUGAAUGCAGUGAACCCUAAGUAUAUUCUCAGAAACUAUUUAUGCCAGAGUGCCAUUGAUGCAGCCGAACAAGGUGAUUUUGGAGAGGUUCAGAGGGUGCUUAAAGUAAUGGAACGGCCAUAUGAUGAGCAACCGGGAAUGGAAAAAUACGCUCGCUUGCCCCCAGCGUGGGCUUAUAGGCCUGGAGUUUGCAUGCUUUCUUGCUCUCAUGAUUUGUUUAUGCAACAAACUUAA